GUACAAAACAAUUCUCCGGAAUGUUUGCAUGCAGAGGAUUCAUUAGGGUCUCGACGGAUAGUGAAUUUAAAAGUAUUUGGACAACAACUGUGGUGCCUUAGCUGCAACAUUGCAUUAUCAAUAAAUAAUGCAGUUAGUGAAAAAAAUUUUGGAUUGGCAAGUAUUUUCAAGGUCAAAUGUUCUCAAUGUGGGAGAUUGAGAACAGUAAAUACCGAUGAUAAGUUACCUGGAAAUGAAGGAUUUAUUGUAAAUACAAAAGCAGCAUUCGGAAUGAUUGAUGCUGGAAUUGGGCCAACCCAUUUAAAUACUUUCUUAACGUCAAUAGAUCUGCCCUCAAUUGCACCCAAAUCUCUGAAAAUUCAUGAACGCAGAAUUGGUAAGGCUAUAGAAGAAGUUGCUAAAGAAUCUUGUUUAAAAGGCAUUCAGUUAGAAAAAAAUUUAACUGUGAAUGAAUCUCAAGACGUACUAUUAGAUGCUCUUACUGCAGUGGUUCCUCAUUCUUUUGGACAGCAUGAUUUUUGUGGAGAUUGGUGCAGAAGUCAAGAUGCAGGAGAGAAAUAUCAGCACAACAAUUUACCAAAUGGUAAACCGCUUUCGGACUCGGCACUUCGUUUGUCUUUGACUCAAAUUUUUAAUCGGUACAUAGAUUGUGCUGAAAAAUUAGCUGAAUGUGGCUCUUCGCAAGAAAACGAGUCAAUGAACAAUAUUGUGGCCUCAAAAACUCCAAAAGCGAGACAUUACGCUGCUUCGGAAUCCCUUAGUUUUAGGAUAGGCGCAUCUAUAUGUCAGAAAAAUCUGGGUUCGUCAUAUGCAAAUGACGUUUUUCGUAAACUGGAAUUAUCACCAGGAAAAAAAUCUGUGAAAUAUCGCACAGCAAAAGAUGAAAAAAGAACGAGAAAAGUUGCUACCAGCGUGCGCAGAGAAGGAGUUGCAUACCAAUCUGGUAUUGCUAUGCACGAUUUUACUCAAAUGCAGAAUAUUCAAAAUCUUACAGAAAUAACCGAUUUUUCUCAGUGUAAUAUUGUUGUAUUUGAUUUAGAAACAGCUGGUUUUGCUAAAUCAGAUGAAAUAUUGCAGAUUGCGGCAUACGUCGAAAAUGAAACAUUUUCCGUGUACAUAUCGCCCACUCAAUUAAUAUCCAAAACCGCAACAGCUGUAACAGGUCUCCACGCAAUGUCCGGUGAAUUGUAUUUACACGGCACAAAAAUGAUAUCGACAUCAGCUACAGACGCUGUGAAUCAAUUUAUUUCAUUCCUACGAAAAUACGAUCAAUGUCUUUUAAUCGCACACAAUUGUUUCAAAUUUGAUGCACCAAGAUUGAUCAAACUAAUUGAGAAGGUAGGAUUAAUGCAAGCAUUUUCUUCAUGUGUAAAAGGUUUCGCAGAUUCACUGGAAAUUAGUAAAUGCGUUCUUCCCGAAAGAGUCAAGGAAAAACAAAAGUUUUCAAUUGCUAGUCUUGCACAAGAUUUUCUACCUUCAUUUGAUGUACAAAAUCUACAUAACGCAAUUGAAGAC